AUGCACUCCAGCUCCACAACAUCAAUCCUUAAUGUCACUUUACCACAUUCCUUGUCUCAAUCUCUUGAAAAUUUCGCCCUCAAAACGUUAACCAAUCAACAUCAUACCGGUGCUCUCUACCAAGCUAUCUUACCGGACAAUCUCUCCGGAAUCGAAGUCUCCGUCGUUCGUCUCACCGGGAAGAGUCUUUGGAACAAUGGGGCCAAGUUUAGCAACGUGCUUAUUCCGGCAAGGUCAGUUUCGGUUCCUCCUGCAAGAAGAGUCGCUAUUGUGUACCAAGAUCUAGGGAAUUGGUCUAACCGUUGGUAUCUCGUUCCUGGUUACCGGUUAAUCACUUCUGUCUUAGGGUUUCGAGUUUUGGAUGUGUCGGAUCAAGACAAUGUCAAAGAGAUCACCCUAAGGAUGAAUCAUCCUGUGGAGAUUUCUUUUACGGAUUUACGCAAUGACUCCGACUCGGGUGAGAAAAUGAUGUCUAGAGUUAGAUGCGUGAGCUUCAAGGCACAUCCAGAAGACAAGAAAGCAACUUAUAUUAGCCGAAUGGUUCUCCCGGGCGUGUGUUACGGUUCGAGCCACGGCGAUUAUUCGGUGAUUGAACCCUUAGAGAACGAUAAGAAGAAGGUUGAGUUGUGGCAGACCUGGUGGUGGUUAUGGAUACUCGGAUUUGUAUUAGGGCUCGGCGUGUUAGGGUUUCUAGGGAUUGUGGGUACAAUGGGGAUUAAGGUACUAAGAGCGAAGAAGAUUCAAGUGAUGAUGGAGAGAGAAGCUAAUGAUGGUGAAGUGUUUGAGAGCAGAUGGGUUGGUGGAAGUAAAAUGCCAUCAGCGGCUGUAACAAGAACCUUACCAGAGUCCGAAUCCGGAUUUGAAAGCGGGUCUCGUAGUCAUAGAUUUGGGCCACCGCACUAA